AUGGCCUCCACCGUCGCGCCCCUGAACGUCGACGUGGUUGCGGUCAACACCACGACGCAGAACAGCAAUGCGUCGACGGCCACCAAGGCGUUCAACCCGGUGGUGUGCUACUCGCCCAUGAUGAUGACCACCAACGGCAUGUGGCAGGGCGACGGCGUGAACCCGCUCGAGUUCUCCCUCCCGCUCUUCAUCGUCCAGGUGGCCGUCAUCGUCGUCACCACCCGCCUCCUCGUCGUCCUCCUCCGCCCCUUCCGCCAGCCCCGCGUCAUCGCUGAGAUCCUCGCCGGGGUCGUGCUGGGCCCGUCCAUGAUCGGGCGGAGCGAGGUGUGGGCCAGCCUGGUGUUUCCCGUGCGCAGCCUGCUCACGCUCGAGACGGUGGCCCACCUGGGGCUGCUCUUCUUCCUCUUCCUCGUCGGCCUGGAGAUGGACGUCGACGUCAUCCGCCGGUCCGGGGACAAGGCGGUGCUUGUCGCCAUGGCCGGCAUGGCGCUGCCUUUCUGCAUGGGCAUCGCCACCUCCUUCAUAUUCCGGCACCAGGUGUCCCGGAACGUGCACCAGACCUCCUUCCUGCUCUUCCUCGGCGUCGCCCUCUCCGUCACGGCCUUCCCCGUGCUCGCCCGCAUCCUCGCCGAGAUCAAGCUGCUCAACUCGGAGCUCGGCCGCACCGCCAUGUCCGCCGCCAUCGUCAACGACAUGUGCGCCUGGAUCCUGCUCGCGCUUGCCAUCUCCAUUUCGGAGGUGCACAGCACCGCGCUGUCGUCACUCUGGGUGCUCCUCGCUGGGGUGACCUUCGUGCUCUUCUGCUUCUACGCCGUGCGCCCCUUGAUGUGGCGGCUCAUCCGCAGCAUCCCCGAGGGCGACGGCAUCAGCAACACGCAGGUCACCCUCAUCCUCACGGGCGUCAUGAUCGCCGGCGCGUGCACCGACGCCAUCGGCAUCCACUCCGUCUUCGGCGCCUUCGUCUACGGGCUGGUCAUCCCGAGCGCGCCGCUAGGCGUGACGCUGAUCGAGAAGCUCGAGGACUUCGUCACCGGGCUCCUCCUCCCGCUCUUCUUUGCCAUGAGCGGCCUCCGCACCAACGUGCGCAUGAUACGCGACCCCAUCACCGUCGGCCUGCUGGUGCUCGUGUUCGUCAUGGCCAGCUUCGCCAAGAUCAUGGGCACCAUCAUCAUCGCGGCGCUCUACGCCAUGCCGUUCCGCGAGGGCAUCGCGCUCGGCUUCCUCAUGAACACCAGGGGGCUGGUCGAGAUGAUCGUGCUCAACAUCGGGAGGGACAAGCAGGUGCUGGACGACGAAUCGUUCGCGGUGAUGGUGCUGGUGUCGGUGGCGAUGACGUCGCUGGUGACGCCGGUGGUGACCGGCGUGUACCGGCCGUCGCGGCGCCUCGUCGGGUACAAACGGCGGAACCUGCAGCGCAUCCGGCACGACAGCGAGCUCCGCAUGCUGGCCUGCGUGCACACCACCCGCAACGUGCCGUCCGUGCUGUCGCUGCUGGAGCUCUCCAACCCGUCCAAGCGCUCCCCCAUCUUCAUCUACGCGCUCCACAUCAUCGAGCUCACCGGCCGGGCCUCCAACAUGCUCGCCGCCGCGGCUGCCUCCUCCUCCAGCCGGACAAGCUCGUCCUCCGCCUUGCCCGCCGCCACGGAGCACAUCUUCAACGCCUUUGAGAACUACGAGAGGCUCACCGGAGGCGUGUCCAUCCAGACGCUGGCGGCGGUGUCGCCGUACCAGACCAUGCACGACGACGUGUCGGUGCUGGCCGAGGACAAGCACGUGUCGCUAAUCGUGAUCCCGUUCCACAAGCAGCAGACGGUGGACGGCGGCAUGGAGCCCAUCAACCCCUCCAUCAAAUUAUUCAACGAGAGCCUCCUGGCCACCUCCCCGUGCUCCGUGGCCAUCCUCGUGGACCGCGGCCUGAGCGCCGCCGCGGCGCGCAUGGCGACGGAGCACCGCGUGGCGCUCUUCUUCUUCGGCGGGCCCGACGACCGCGAGGCGCUCGCGUACGCGUGGAGGAUGGUCGAGAACCCCGGGGUCGCCCUCACCAUCUUGCGGUUCCUCCCGCCGGACUACCGGGCGGCGGCGCGGUCCUUCUCCGAGGCCUCCUACCGGUCGGCGGCGUCGGGCGGCAUGGACCUGCGCGGGGCCGCGAUGAGCGCGAGCACGGAGGGCAAGAGCGAGCUGCAGAUGGACGAGGAGUACCUGGGCGAGUUCCGCGCGCGCAACCACGGCAACCCCUCCAUCACGUACGCGGACAGGCCGGUGACCAACAGCGAGGAGACGGUGGCAGCCAUCCGGGGCAUGGACAACAGCGCGCACGAGCUGUACAUCGUGGGCCGGCGCCCCGGCGAGGCCGGGUCGCCCAUGACGGCGGCGCUGGAGGACUGGAUGGAGUCGCCGGAGCUGGGGCCCAUCGGCGACAUGCUCGUGUCGUCAGACUUCUCCAUGGCGGUGUCGGUGCUGGUUGUGCAGCAGUACGUGGUGGUCGGGGCGCCCAUGGCCGCGGCCGUGCCGGCCCCCAGCAGCGACCCGGUGCGCCAGUACGUGGGCAACGCGAACCAACGGUCCGGCGCGUACCGGGCGAGCACGGCGUCGUCGACGAGGGAUAGCAGAUGGUCUAAUGACACCGUAGGAUUCUGA